CCACUAAAGAACCCCUCAGGGGUCACCGAACAAAGAUGGUUGAGCGGCAAACCCAGGCUACUACGAAGAGUCAACUUGUACCGACGGCAAGGUGAUGGGGGGUGAUGGCGGAAACGACGGCGGACGCGGUCGAUUCCGCUUUGGCAACAACAAUGGUGGCGGCGACCGCGAUGACGACGACAAUGAUGGGGGAGGGAGAGGGGGAGGCUUUUCCCGAGGCGGAGGGAAUGGCGACGAUAAUGACGGGGGCAGGGGGAACGGCUUCGGUAACGGCUUCGGCAACCGUUUUGGAAAUGAUAAUGACAGGGGAGGCGGGGAUGGGAAUCGCUUUGGUAACGGCAACGGAAACAACAAUAACGGCGGUGACGGUGAUGGUAGAGGAGAUGGGGAUAGAAACAGAUUUGGUGACGGUGAUGGUGGAGGGGAUGGGGAUAGAAACAGGUUUGGUGACGGCGACGGUGGAGGGCGUGGGAAUGGCUUCGGCUUCGGCAACCGUUUCGGUGAUGGCGACCGCGGGAGAGGGAAUAACAGGGGAGGGGGUGGCUUUGGGGGUGGCUUCGGGGGAGGCUUUGGGAGGGAUAGGGACGACGAUGAUGGAGACGAUAAUACCAACUCAUCCAGCCCCGCCGAAGCACCACAGUCAUCGGAGCCACCCCCAGAAGCACCGUCAUCAACAUCGGAUUUGGGAUCGACACCACCAGAAGCGACAUCAGAGCCAGCAUCGGAAUUACCAACGGAAUCACCGCAACCGACUCCAGCCCCAGAACCCGUCCCGUCUUCAACCGAACCUGCCCCGGCAAUAGAAGUAUCGAGCGAGUUCAACCAAGGUGUGGUCUUACUGCAGUCCGCCAUAACCGGUGCUGAAACCGGGAGUCUAACGGAUGAGGCGAACCCGACUGUGACAGAGUUCAUCCCCUCGCCGUCGGCCAGCGAUGUGGUAGGCUCAACGGACCCUUCUGGGUCAACCGAGAGUGUUGAGUCUGGGGCUAUGCCGCCUGUCUCAGGGCCUAGACCAACAACAUUCCCCAACUCUCCCCCAACAGGGGGGCCAAUGGACAAUGAUAUUGCGAAUGAUAACGGCAGAGGCGCCGAUGGUGCCGGCAACCGACUUGAGCUGGCACCGACUGGUAUGAACCCGACGGCCGAACGCAUCCUGAUUUCGGUUGGUUCAAUAGGUGGCUUCAUCCUCGUCUGCUUUAUUACCUGGAUGGUUUGGCGGACAAUGAAGAAGUCGAAAAGGGAAGGCCGCGCCGGAGGUAGCGGUGGUGGGCUUUCGAGGAGAGUUACUUCCAAGAUCCCCUUCUUUGGACGACGGGGCUGGCGAAACUUGGAGGACUCGACAAGCCAAUCGCCACCACCCAGUUACCGCGAGAAGACGGGCAGCGCGCGUUUUCCAUCGGGGGAGGGCUUCUAUGGGCCGGAGAAGGUGCAAACCCAGCAGCCCCCGCAACAACCAUGGCCCCAAAGUUCUCCCGAGAAUAUCAUGAUCCCGGGACAUGACUCAACACAGUCCGGUAUCAUGUACCCGCCACCACCGAACCCCAGAGACACGUACACGGCCGCCAACCGCCCCCACAUCACGCUCAUGACCAAUAUACCGGCAGCCUACUCACAUCAAACCCAAGGGUCCUUCAGUUCCACGAAUGCAGCUCAUUUCGGCGCCAUAAUGACACCCGAGAGCGCAGCAAGCCCCAUGCACUCCGGGGUCUCACCAGCCUCGUACUACAACCAACCUCUCCUCAACCAACAGUUCACUCCCUACAAUCCACUCUACCGACAGCCCAGCCGGACCAUCAGCGAAGUCUCCUCCCUGUCUUCCGGCUUCGGAGACGGCGACAUCAUCGUCAGAAACCCGCUGAUCACCCCUCCCGCGCCAACCGCCGUACCCGGCUCAUCGCCAACCAACAGCCCCCAGCAGCAGCAGCAACAGCAGCAAUACUCAGCCCGCUUCUCCUGGAUGUCCCACCCCCAGGGGCCACCACACUCACACUCAACAGCAGCAGCAGCAGCAGCAGCAGCGGCGGCGGCGACGGCGGCACCACCACCGCCAAACGCCCCGGCGCGCCAGAACAGCAACGCCAGCAGCACCAGCACCGGCACGGGCAGCCGCCGUCGCGAGACCAUCUACACGGAGACGAGCGAGGACCAGCCGGCGCGGUUCCGCAGCGUCACGUCGUGGGUCGACCAGCAGACGGGGCGCAUCAAGCGCGUGCAGCAGAGAGCGACAGUCACGGGGGAUGUGGUGGUCGGUGCGGCGGGGGAUGGUGGUGCUAGUCUGAAGGAGGGUGGUGCACAUUCGCAGGUAACGAACCCCGGGAUUCCGGGGAUACAUAACCCGCCGAGGGAGCAGAGCUUUGGUAUGAUGAUGGAUGAUGAGGAGAGGCCGAGGCGGGUGGAGGAGGUUGUUGGUGGCGGUGGUGGUAGUGGUGGUGGGUUGGGAGCCGGGGUGAGGAUGGGUUAGUACAUACAUUUACCUCUAGGACCAUUUUUGAGUGCUGGGUGGGUGGGUGGUGGAUAUUGGAAGGGAUGGGAAGGGAAUGUGAUGGGAUAGGAUGGAUACAGUAAGGGAAGGGCGGAUGGUUUGGCGUCCGUCCCGCGGGCCUGGUGCUUUGCGGGCGGAAGCGGCCAUGCAUACUCGUGUGUGUGGGUUCGGGCUGAGUCACGAGAUGUGGGAUGUCGAGG